CUGCGCCUCUCGUUUUCUGUCAACCAAAAGCAAAAAAGAAGAAAAGAAAACUUCGUCUCAUCUGUAGGGACAGAGAGGGAAGGGAAGGGGAUCCAGAGAGCGAGAGAGCCACCGUGUUCUAGGGUUUUCUCGCGCGGCGAUGGUGAUGGCGGCGGCGAUGGCGGCGGCGAGGGCGGCGGCCAGGACACCCGUCAGCGCGGCGACGAGGAUCGUGCAGCGGAGGCUCGGCACCUCAUCCACCGGCAGGAAGGACGACGCCGACAACGUCGACAUCAUCAACCGAGCUGUUGCAUUGGCAAAGAGUACUGGUGGAAAAAAGGUGUUGUUCAGCCUAGGAAUAACAGUCGGAGUUGGUUCUUUUAUCCACUGGACUGCGUCGUCGUACACAGCUUACGGAAAAAAUGAAACUGAUAGGAGACUGGCCGAGGAAAAUGAAUUCAACAAAUCGUUUCAAAUUCAGCUUGAGAAGGAGCUGCAGCAGCUGGAGAGGGAUUGUGAUUCCUUCUUGGAUGACAAUAGCAGUAUGUUUAGUAGGUGGGGUGUUAUGAUUGAUGAAGAACUUGAUGUGCUGAAAAGAUCUGACACCGAAUCAAUUGCAAAAGGCUGGGUUGCAGAGUGGAUGUCAACGAUCAAGAAAGCAUCUCUUGCAAUAGAUGAUUGCUCUACUGACUUUGAGCUCCUACCUGAUGCUUGCUCGGUCUGUGGUCAUCCACGAACUGAUACACCUGGGACUCUGAAGACGUCUGCGCAGUCACCAGCGCCUCCAGUAGUGCAGUCGCCUUGAGAACAUGGGGCUCAAAAGAUGUUUGCCAGGCACCAGCACCUGUGGUAGUGCAGUUGCCUUGAGAACGACAAAUAAUUCGUUAUAGCAGUUUGGACUUGGCGUGGUGCAUAUAAUUUUGUGGGGUUUUGUUGUUGAGCAAGUGUAGUAUGAUAUCUCAUGUUUAUUAUAUUUCUCUAUGUUGGUUCAGACUAAAGUUGCUCUAAUUCUUAUUUGAGACAAUAUUUACGGAAAGUACCUUUUGCACA